CCGCUACGCGCUAAGUGAGAGUUGAUACAUUCAGUAGUGGACAGAAUUGUAAGAGUGUCAGGGAAGGGUUGUUUUGGAACAGUUUUCAUUUCACUUAAUUUGCAUUUAUUGAGACUGGUACAUCAUUUUCUAUUUAAACAUAAUUAAAUACAUUGGCGAUGAUUAUUGUACGAUCGCGUGACGAUUUUUAACCCUUUUAAAUUCUUACAGUAGGGGCACGCGGUAGGGGAAGCGCGUAAAAUCACUCAUCACUUGUCAGAUUAAAAAUUCAUGUAUUUUCGCUAUUGUCUUCUCACUUGAAUUUAUUCAAGUUCUCUCGUUGUCACGCGUAGUCUAACAAAUCUACGAUUAAGAACUGAUGUACAGUAAUGUCGUUUUUAUACCACUUCGCAUCCUAUCUCGUACGCUCGCCGUUCAUUCAGUUAUUCGACAGUUGAUUUUUAUUUUCCUGAUACAUAAUCAUAAUGAACGAGGAAACUGUGUUCCAAGAAUUGUCAGAGAUACUCGCUGAUCCUCCCGAAACGAGAGAGAAGUGUUCACAAUGCAAAAGACCAGUGCCAGUGUGUUGGUGUCCGGGAUUACCGAAGCACCCUAUAAAUCCUGCGUCGAGGAUAAUAAUUUUGCAACACCCGGCUGAAGUGAAACGUUGCCUCCGAACCGCGCCUAUGCUCGCUUUAGGUUUAGGAAGUGAGAAAUGUAUAAUUUACAGAGGAAAGAAAUUUCCGCUCCCGAAACACGAGGGCUUAAUAGAAAUUUUAAAUGAUAAGAAUACUAUUUUGUUAUAUCCAUCUCCAAAUGCUGUGACACUUGACGAAUUGACUCCUGUCGGAGACAACGGUCAGAAAGCAUACAAUCUUAUAUUGCUAGAUGGAACUUGGCCACAAGCGAAGGCGAUAUAUCAUUCAAGUCCAGCACUGUGGAAUUUGCAAGCAUGUAAAUUAGUUGGUAUUCCGACCAGUGAGUACGUUAUCAGAACUCAGCCAACGGAAGGCUGUUUGUCUACUCUCGAAACAGGAGCUUUCGCGCUUUCUAUAUUAGAAGGUGAACCAGAGUUGAAGGAUAAAAUGCUUGGUCCUUUGCACUUUCUCUGCAGAUUUCAGUUAGAGAACGGUGCCGUGACUCACCAAAGUAAAGAGUUUGUGAUCAAACAGAAAACUUAUCCGAAACUUAUAGGCCGGCGAUUAGCUAGACAGUUACGUAUACUGCCAGAGGAAUCGGCGUAACGUCUUUUGCUGUAGCAUGUAAAGCAAUAAAUCGAACUGUUUAUGCUGUAGCAUGUAAAGCAAUAAAUCGAACGACGGUAUUUUGUAACAAAUGAUUUUUAUAAAUACGUUUAGGAGAACGCAGGGACAUCAAAAAGAAAAGUAGUAUUUUUAACUUAGAAUUACAUUUCUAUGAACGUUCGCGUUACUUCACGUUU